AUGCGAACCCUCAACCAACCGACAAUGGGUUUAUCUCACCUUUGUAAGGCUUUGAUUCUCAUCUGUGUGUCGGUACAUGUUCAAGCAUUGCAGAGUGGGCUGCUGAUUCAGAACGAGUGCGUCAUUGUUGCACCACCCUCAGAUAUUAUUUUGGCGCAGGAAGGUAACGCCAAUAGGGUUGGUUGUGAGCUUACAUGUUUGAACAAACCAGACCCAGUGUGUGUGUCGUUCAACUUCAUAACAUCCAAUAAUUCGUGCUAUCUCUAUUCCGUUGGCACCGAUGACCCUUCUGGACUUAUAACUACAACAUAUUUCCCUGGAGCCGACUGUUAUGAAAAAGAUGAAUGUUACCAGAAUACAAUGUGUGGAUCUAAUGGUGUCUGCCAAGAUGAGAUAGGCCAAUCAGCCAGAUGUGAAUGCCUCCCCGGAUAUAUAGGCGAUAUGUGUGACGAAACAGAUUACUGCGCCAACAGUGCAAAUACAUGCGACAAUGGAGGAUCUUGCGUUAACGAACCAACUGAGUUCACAUGCGAUUGUGUGCAGGGAUUCUCUGGCCAGUUCUGUGAAAUACAAGAUUUUUGUUUUGAUUCACCGUGUGAAAAUGGUGGAUCUUGCCAAAAUGGAGCAACUAACUUCACGUGUAGCUGUGCAGCAUCUUUCAUUGGUGCUACUUGUGGAGAUCAAGAUCUCUGCUUUGACCAGCCGUGUUUGAAUGGUGGGAGUUGCACCAAUGAUUUGUACACGUUCGAUUGUGAUUGCCCUAAAGGCUUCACUGGAGAUACAUGCCAAGAAAUAGAUACAGCUGGGCCAGAACCAUGCCCCCAAAACUGGACUUUGGCCCCUGGAAAGGUGAACUGUGUACAGGCAUUCCAACAAGAGUUGAGCUUUGAUGAGGCAGAGGCUUAUUGUGUCAACGAGGGAGGACAUCUUGCAAGAGCAGCUGGUUUGAGGAAAGCGCGAUUCUUAAAAAAUAUGAUGCUAGGUGAUGAUGCGUGGAUAGGACUUCGUUAUGAUGAUGGACUUGAUAAUUUCACAUGGACAACAGGCGGGAGACUCAGAGGAAGGUGGUUCAGAUCAUUCAAAAAAAGAUAUUUCAGGAAAAGAUUCAGAAAGUUAAUCAGAAAAUAUAAAGCGCAUGUAAGAUCAUUUCUGAAACCCAUCUUUAAGAAUCCGGGGGCAUUUCAGGGUAAAUGUGUUACCAUCAACCAUUGCAACGUCUGGGGUCUGAAUAGACCAGGGUGGCGUCUUGAUGAAUGCAGCCAACAAAAUAGCUUUUUAUGUCAAAUCCCUGCACACAGAAUAUGAGCACACUUAUGCCAACGAACAGCAAUACAGAACAUUAUGAUCAAAUGUAAGAUGAUCUAUGAAAUAUAAGUAAAUCAGCAGAUGA